GUUUCGGGGGAAAAGGGGUUUUGCUUGACGAAAUUUCAUGAAUCGUAGGUGGUUAAUAAUUCUAAAUGUAAAAACAUUUUAAGCAGAAAAACAUUUCAAAUCGUACGCGAAGCAAACAGUGAGAACUGCCAGGAGCUAACGUUACUUUCGUCGAGUAGAUACGUUUAACGUUAGCUGGAUGUCGCCCUCAAAAUGCUAACACUUAAAACGUUAGUUUUACUGCAGCUUGAUGAGAAAUGGCAGAGCAGGACCUGAUACCGGGAUGCGGCACAGAUGUGGUGGUUAGUUUCGCCGAGUCGCUGCACGUAUACACGGGACUUUUAACAGUGGCCACGGUGUGUGGAGGGCUUUCGGGAAUAUUAGCUGCUGCGCUGUUGUACGUCUUCUGCCUGAAACCUUUGCUGUUGACGAGACAAGGUUACAACGCAAGGCGGCUGCUUGAACCUGAUGAUGGGGAAAUAGACAACAACCAAAGUGACUGUAUCAGCAACGGCAGAAAGGAAGCUCCAAGUGGCACCAUUAAUGACAAAGAGAAGAGGCAGCCACCCAUGAACAGUGAUGUGGCUGCAUUUGCAUCUAGAGCAAAGGUGGUUUAUCCCAUCAAUCAAAAAUACAGACCUUUAGCAGACGGAGCGUCCAAUCCAUCACUACACGAGCACUCCAAGUUGCCAGCAGUGCCUAACGAGGAGUCAUCGUCCUCCUCCUCGGAUGGAGAGUCUCUUAGCCAAGAGCAGGACAACGAUGACAGCAGUCAGUUUAUCUCCUCCUCGCUGGUCCCCAAGAGCCUGCAGAACCAGAGCUUCACCAGGGUCUCUCACUACCUUCACACGCUGACACAGCCGGGCUUUGAAGGUAGGAUCAGCCUUUACUGUUUGGCCCUGCAGGACAUACAACAACAUUGCUCCCAGCUUCAGGAAGAAAAAUGUCUGAUUUUUCUUCAAAUGGUGAAAAUAAUAUUUAGCUGCCAUUUUCCAAAAGACAAAAAUGAUGCUGACUUCUCAAAGAAUAUUCUUCAAAUGCAAGAAAAGGAACUGAAUGAGCUGAAGAACCAGUUGCCAACAGGCCACGCUGCCAGUGAGAAAAAUGAUGAUGCUCCCUGUACUUUGGAGGAAAUAGAGAGAGCUCAGAAAGAUCUUCUUGAACGUGGCCUUCAAGUGUCCAAACGUUUCAGCAAGCAGGUGGAGGACUUGUGCCAGCAUCUGCUGAGGAAGACCAGCAUCUUCUCUCCAGAUGAAGCCCUGGAUUCAAUUCUCUCUCUCAUCCAGACUCUCGUGUUAGUAGAUAGCCACCUGAUGAACUCACAAGAAGCGGAUCUAAAAAGGAUCCAGCAGAAGUUGCUAUGGUGGGAGGAGCUGACGGGGCUUCUUCAGUCCCAACCUGCCUUGCUAAAGCGGGAAGUGUCUCUGAGGCAGGGCUUGAUAGCAAGAACACUGGAGCAGCUCACCAGCGAUGACGUCUUGACCUUUAGCCACAUGGAAAAGAUACUUUCAGAGGUUCAGGCAACUCUGACCGAAGGCCUUCAGCAGUGCACGGAUGAGUGCACGAGGAAGACAAAGGAGCUGUUGAACGACAAGUGCAAUAGAAUGGAAUCCAAGAGGAAGAAGCUUUUGAGGAGCCAGACCAAGGAGAAGAGUUGUGCCCUGGAACUGAGACAGGCUCACAAUGACAUCCAGCAGCUCACCAAGGUGUACCAGGAGCUGCUGAUGAAACACAGGCAGCAGAUUUGUGACUUGGAGCUGCAGCAGGACAACAGGGUGGCUGAGGCCCUCUGUGAUCACUGGAAGAAACUCCGUGCUCACUGGUCAAAGAGGCUUGGAGAGCUAUCCAAGGAGGUCUUUCUCACCUCUGUCCCUGCCCAGUCAGAGCUCUCCACUCAGCGCUGUGAGGAGCUGUGGCUGGACCUGGAGCAGGAGCUGGCUGCACAGCUGCAGCAGGCCGAGUGCAUUACCAAGCUACAGCUGGAGGACAUGAGGGCUCAGCUGGAUAAAGAUGGACAGGUCUGGAGUGAGGAGAUGGCUCUGGUGCAGGCAUGUCUCAAACAUCUGAGUGAACAACAGAUGAAGAUCCUCCGAGUCAUGGUGGCCAGACAGAGCUACACUCUCAACAGCCAAGUGGGGAGGUUGAUAGAGAAGAAACAUGAGCACCUGUUGGCAGCGGUGCAGAGGUACUUUGUGGUCAGGCACUUCUGCCUGCACAUGCUGAAGGAGAUGAGGCUGUCCAAGCUGAAGGCACUCUCUCAGACUGAUUUUAGAGCUGGGCUGAUGGAAGAUCCCAGUAAAAGCCAGCCAUGUGUCAAUUCAAAUCUCAAGUCACAGAAUAGCAACGCCAGCCUAGCUGAGAGGCAUCUGGGUCCAGAGAGUCAGCUGGUGGGCCACAGCUUCCAGCAGGAGUUCCUGUCUGAACUGGAAACAGGGACGGAGCUUCUUCAGAGCCAUGCGCAGCUGGUGCUAGGCAACGCCCUCAGCCACGCCAUCCAGCAGAUGAUGGAGACCCCGCCCACCGAGUCACAGACCUCCCCCAAACAGGAAGACGGCCUGAAGCACCACCUGACAGAGGCUGCCUCGGAGAGCGUGUAUGUGACCAAAGACUCUCUCACCGCACUGGUCCAAAGCUACCAUUCCCACAUGCAGGACGUUAUCAAAAAACUACACCAGGAUCAGUCAGACAUUAACUAUGAGGAGAAUGAGAAACAAGACAGCAGCAGUCAGCUGAACAGAUCCUUGCUGAGGGAGCUGGUGAACUGGGGCAAGAAACCAACCUCUGCUGAGUUUCAACAGAGGGUUGAACUCCACAAAAGGAAGGUGUUGGAGCAGUAUGAUCUGGAGCAGGAAAUGAUAUACGAGGAACUGAGGCUGAAGAAAGUAGCCCAGGAUCAGACCACGGAAAGGAUUAAAGCCCAGCUGCUGGAGGCAGAAGAAAGCUUCAUAACUGAGCUGGCAGCUUUGGCCCGGGUUCCACUCCACAGUCCGGAUCCAGAGCCCAGCGAUGACGAGGACAACACUGGUAAUGAGAGUGCUACUAUACUGGACCUGCUUUCCCUGAACCCAGCGUUAGAUCCAGCCUUGAAUCCUUCGCUGACUCCAACAGUUGUAACUCCAGCUGUGAAGUCAAAACCAAAGAAGAAAAGGGAACGAGAAUCUCAUCUCAUCUGAAAUCUUAACACAGUCUUAUAUAUUCCAACAAUAAUGCCCUGAAAAGAAUUUACUCUUAUAAAGUAACUACCACUACCUGUCUGUUGUACCAGUUUUGUUAUUAGGAUGGAGCCCUAGGUUUGUUUGCAUUAUGCAAGAGGGAUCUGUCCCUAAUUUAUGUGUAAAUGGACUCUUCAGUCUGAUUGGAAAUGUUUCUGGAGCUGAAAAGUUGCAACAAUAACAAAAACAGUAUUUUAUGUAAAUACCAUGCACUAUUAAAUAAUGAAA